AUGACAGACUUCAUUCUAAGCUUUUAUGAAGGCCUAAGUCCAACUGAUAGGUCAUGGGCAGAUGCUGCAAGCGGAGGAUCUUUCUUAGACAGGUCACCAGAAGAUGGGAUAGAUCUAAUUGAACGAAAGGCAGUAGACAAUCAACAAUAUGGAACAAGAGAAAAUUCAGUGACUUUGUUGAAAGGAGUGCAUGANAUUGAAAACGGUGUAGUUGAUGGAAGGAGGAUAGAUGAAAGAUUGAAUAACUUAGAAAGCAAACUCGACAAGAUUGCAAGUUUGUUUAAAACCUCCACACCACAAAUUGCUAAGAAGUGUGGAAUUUGCAUUUCAACUGAUCACUACACUGAUGAAUGUCCUAGCUUGAUGGAAACUACUGUGGAAAACUCAUCCCAAGCUUUUGCUGCGAACACGUUUGGAGGAAAUAGACCAUACCAGAAUUAUCAUGAUAGGUAUCAACAGAACAUGCAACCUUAUGUUCCACUUCAACAAAGGCNACCUUAUGUUCCACCUCAACAAAGGCANCAANCUCANCCUGAAAUGUCACUGCAAGAUUUCAUGAAAACAAUGCUUGAGCAAAAUUCAGAGAUCAAGAAAUCAAUUGUAGAUUUGACUCANAGGGUGGAAAAGUUAGAGGCUAAGGAGUCAAAUAAGCUGCCUGCACAAACAGUGAUCAACCCGCAAAAUGUAAGUGCUAUUACUUUAAGAACGGGUAAGCAAGUACAGGUCCCUAAAGGAUUCCAAGAGGAUGAAGAUAAGAAGAAAGAAGAAGAACAAGUUGAUGACAAUGGAGGACCAAAUGAACCAUCACCUGAGACUACCACUAAAAAAUCUAGGUUAGUACCUCCUAACUCUUCUUCUAAAAAUUCUUCUUCAUCUUAUUCUCCACCUCCUCCAUAUCCCAAUCGGUUGAAGCCGAGAAACAAAAAAAUUGAGGAGUUAGACCAAGAGAUUUUGAAUAUUUUCAAAAAAGUGGAGAUCAACAUUCCCUUGCUAGAUGCUGUUAAGCAAAUACCUAAAUACGCCAAGUUUUUAAAAGAAAUUUGCACAAAUAGAAGGCGUUUUAGGGAUAAAGAGGUUGUGAAUUUAGGAAGAAAUGUNUCAAGCUUGAUUAAGAAGAAUAUUGAAAUACCGCGAAAAUGCAAGGAUCCAGAAAUAAGUAACAAUGACGACAAUGUUGAUUUAAAAAGUGAUUCUGAUUUUCUUACAAAUGUCACAAGAGAUUGCAAAAAUGAAGAACCACAUAAUAGGAUACAAAAGAAUAAAGUCCUUGACUUUGGGCAUGCCUCUGGAGGACAUGAUCGAGAUUCAAGAUAUUGGAAUAAGAAUGAUAGGAGAAGGGGUGGUGAUUACAAUGAGGAUAUAAUGGAGCAGACAAAUAAGGAUCCUAGAGAUGAAAUUCCUGAAAGUGAUGUUGCUAUAAAGAAGGAUUCUAAUUUUUUUCUCAGUUUUUUAAUUUUAAAAUAA